AACCAAAGCUUGAAUGGCUCUCCUCUGCCAUUCAAGGUGAAUCCAGGUUCAAUCUUCUUAUUUGAGAAUAUAACAAGAUGAAUUUUGUGUCAUCACUUUGUAGAAGAUUGAAUCUCAAUGAGCUAGUUACAAAUGUUCCUAUCUACAGCACUGCUAGUGAUGUUACUGGAGGAGGAUUGAGUUUGACAUUCAGGCGCUGGGCUACUAAAAAGACAGCAGGAUCCACAAAGAAUGGGCGAGACUCGAAACCAAAGAAUCUUGGGGUGAAGAAGUUUGGUGGAGAGAGAGUGAUUCCUGGGAAUAUCAUUGUUCGCCAAAGAGGAACCCGCUUCCAUCUAGGAAACUAUGUCGGAAUGGGGAAGGAUCACACCCUCUAUGCUAUGAAGGAAGGUUGUGUCAAGUUUGAACGACAUAAGUUGAGUGGACGAAAGUGGGUGCAUGUUGAGCCCAAGGAAGGCCAUCUGCUCCACCCUGUCUACUCAAGUGGUGACGCAGUUCCUAAGCUGAAGACCACUGCCUAGGUUUCUACUUUUUUGUGUUCAUGGAAUGUUAAAUAUUUGAUGCUCUACUUUAGUGGCCUGUGCUUGUACAGCUCAUGCUGCAGCUGAAUUUUUGUAGGCAAAUUGUGGUACUCAUCUAUUGGACUAAAAAAAUGGUUACGUUGGCAUGUCAUUGCCACGUGCCGAGAUUUGGAGAAUAA